CCGUAGUUCCAGCUUCCUGUUUUCAUUUGUCCCAGUUUGUCAUACGAUGAAGGCGUACCUUGCACCCUCGUUCAUUGCGAUUACUCCUUUUACACUUUAAACGUCUAUCCAGGCCCUGCAAAAUGUCAUCAAACAGUGGUAUUCAAAUCCCCAGCCGACUGCCUCUGCUGUGCACUCAUGAUGGAGUGCUGUUACCGGGCUCGACCAUGAGAAUCAGCGUCGACACGGCGAGAAACAUGCAGCUAGUCAAGAGCAGACUGCUGAAGGGAACCUCGCUAAAAAGCACCAUCAUCGGGGUUAUUCCUAACACCAGAGACCCCGAGCACGACAGCGAUGAGCUCCCGUCCUUACAUAGUAUUGGCACAGCAGGACUGGCGGUCCAGGUUGUAGGCAGCAACUGGCCGAAACCGCACUACACUCUGCUCAUUACGGGGUUGUGUCGCUUUCGUGUGACCAAGCUGCUGAGAGAGAAACCCUUCCUCGUGGCAGAGGUGGAACAGCUAGACAAACUGGAGCAGUACACAGAAGGAGAUCAGGCUGAUGGAGAGCUGGGGGAGCUGUCACAGAGGUUCUAUCAGGCAGCUGUACAGCUGGUUGGGAUGCUGGACAUGUCAGUGCCUGUGGUGGCUAAACUCAGGCGGCUGUUGGACAGUCUCCCUAAAGAAACCCUGCCGGAUGUCCUGGCCUCCAUGAUCCGCACUUCCAACAAAGAGAAACUGCAGGUGCUGGAUGCGGUAGACUUGGAGGAACGGUUUAAGAAGGCCCUUCCCUUACUCACCAGACAAAUUGAGGGGCUCAAGUUGCUGCAAAAGACCCGCAAACUCAGACCUGAUGAUGACAAGAGAGUGUUGGCCAUCCGUAAAGGUGGUGUAUUCCCAGGCCGUCAGUUCUCACUGGAUGAGGAGGGGGAGGACGAAGAUGGUGAUGACACAGCUGUGCUGGAGAAGAAAGUGAAGGCGGCAGCUAUGCCUGAAGCAGCACUGCGUGUGUGUCUCAAGGAGCUAAAACGAUUAAAAAAGAUGCCAGAGUCCAUGCCAGAAUAUGCCCUCACCCGCAACUACCUGGAGAUGAUGGUAGAGCUUCCCUGGAGCAAAAGCUCUAAAGAUUGCCUGGACAUCCGGGCGGCACGGGUGCUGUUGGAUAAUGAUCACUAUGCCAUGGAGAAGCUGAAAAGAAGGGUGCUGGAGUAUCUGGCUGUGCGGCAGCUCAAGAGCACCCUUAAGGGCCCCAUACUGUGUUUUGUGGGACCCCCUGGUGUGGGAAAGACCAGCGUUGGGCGUUCCAUCGCUCGCACUCUGGGUCGAGAGUUCCAUCGCAUCGCCUUGGGGGGAGUCUGUGAUCAGUCUGACAUCCGUGGCCACAGGCGCACGUACGUAGGUAGCAUGCCUGGUCGCAUUAUAAAUGGACUGAAGACUGUUGGGGUAAACAAUCCUGUCUUUUUAUUGGACGAGGUGGACAAACUGGGGAAGAGCCUGCAGGGAGAUCCUGCUGCCGCCCUGCUUGAGGUUCUGGACCCAGAGCAGAACCACAGCUUCACCGACCAUUAUCUCAACGUGCCAUUUGACCUCUCACAAGUCCUCUUCAUCGCCACAGCAAACACCACGGCCACCAUCCCUCCUGCCUUACUGGACAGAAUGGAAGUCCUCCAGGUGCCAGGAUACACCCAGGAGGAGAAGGUAGAAAUCGCCCAUCGGCACCUGAUCCCUCAUCAGCUGGAGCAGCACGGACUGACCCCACAACAGCUCCAGAUCCCACAGGACACCACAAAGGAUAUAAUCAGCAAGUACACACGGGAGGCAGGCGUGCGCUCUUUGGAGAGGAAGAUCGGGGCCAUCUGUCGAGCAGUGGCUGUGAAGGUCGCUGAAGGUCAUAAGGUCUCUAGAGCAGAGUCCCCCGCUGAACAACAUGCAGAGCAGAAUACAGAGAACAAGGAGGAGGGUUCUGGGAUAACAGCACCUCCAGAGAUGCCAAUUGUUAUUGACCCCAUUGCCCCCCUUAAGGCUAUUCUUGGACCGCCAGUCUUUGAAAUGGAGGUAUCAGAGCGACUGACCCUACCAGGUGUGGCGAUCGGGCUGGCCUGGACUCCGAUGGGUGGAGAGAUCAUGUUUGUGGAGGCCAGUCGUAUGGAAGGAGAAGGUCAAUUGACUCUGACAGGACAGCUGGGCGAUGUCAUGAAGGAAUCAGCCCAUUUAGCUAUCAGCUGGCUCCGCAGCAAUGCCAAAACAUACCUCCUCACUAACGGCAGCGCUGAUCCUCUGGAGGGUACCGAUAUCCACUUGCACUUCCCAGCAGGUGCCGUCACCAAGGACGGACCCUCCGCUGGUGUUACCAUAGUAACCUGCCUGGCCUCGCUGUUGAGCGGGCGGCUGGUGCGCUCUGAUGUGGCCAUGACUGGAGAGAUCACUCUGAGAGGACUGGUGCUGCCGGUGGGAGGUAUAAAGGAUAAAGUAUUGGCAGCUCACAGGGCCAGUCUGAAACGAGUUAUCAUUCCCAAACGCAAUGAGAAAGAUCUGGAGGAGAUACCUCCCCAUGUGCGAGCUGACCUGGAUUUUGUUUUCGCCAGCACUUUGGAUGAAGUCCUGAAUGCGGCCUUUGAUGGCGGGUUUCCCGCGGCUGUCAGUCAUCCACAAGUUGUCAGCAAACUCUAAGACUGUAGUUGCUAAACAGACUCAUGACAACACAAGACUUUUUUUUUCUUCGUAGAGGAAGCUAUGCACUUAUUGUUUGUCACCUUAAGCAUUAAAUACUAGCAAAUCAGUUUUAUUCAAGUCAAUAUUCCUUUUCCUCUAAUUAAUUUAUGAUUUAAUGACAUGAUUGCUGUUGACAUUAUAAGAGUAUAAUUUUGUUCCUGUAGAACUGACAACAAAAGUUGAUCUAUGUUUAUACUGUAGAUAAUUAUACAAAUGCACAGGUUUAUGAAAAUUGUGAUUUAACCAACAUAUUUAGUGUUUUUCAUCAAAUGAAAUGGAUUAAUGAGUCAAAAUUCUUAAAUACGAAGACUGGUAAAUUCGAAUAUGUUGAUAACUAGGUACAAUUUAAAGGAAUAAAUUUGGAUAUGUCCAAUGAAUGCUUUUGAAACUGCCUGAAAACUCAUUUUGUCACGCUACAGGAAAUGUUUCUAGAAUUGGUCGCACACCCACAAGCCUCAUUCUUCUUUUAAGAAGUCACAGUGUCUUCAUCGCAGUGUUGUUCAUAGAAUAUUGGCAAUAUACAGUCGGAACAUUUACAUUUACUUCUUUUUGGAUCAGUUUUUUGAAUUUGGACAUGAGAGAAUAAUAAAUGUGAAUUCAUAGUU